AUGUCAACGAACUUGCGACGUGCUGGUCGCCUCGUUGAAAAUCCAAGGGGUCAAGCCAAUUAUUACAUACAGCGCCACCCAACAUGGCCAAGUAUAUCCCCCGCCAGAGAAAGCACAAGGUGUUGGCUCGUGAGCGAGCAAAAGACAACGGCCGCCAUGAUGUCGAGGACACAAACACAGAGGAGCUGCUCCCCGAGCACAGGCUCGCCCACGAGGAGAAGAAGGCGCAGAUGAAGAAGGAGCUUCUCCAAGAGGGCGCCAAGAUGAGCGGCAAGAAGGCGAAGCGUCUGGAGAAGUACAUUGAGGGCAAGCUCCGCAAGGACGAGAACCGAGAGCUCAUGGCCAAGCUGGCCGAGCGCAAGGUCGACACCAGUCUGUUCUCCAGUACUCGAUCCUUGGGACAGGGCAGGGAGACGAAAAAGCAGGCGAUUAGCAGGGCUAUGAGGGAGGAGAAGGCGGGAUUGGAGGGAGACGCAGACAGGGAGGCGUUGCUGUAUGUGAAGAGGCGUGAGGCCGUGGCCGAAGACGACAGCAACGAGAGCGAGAGCGGUUCGGAACUAGAGAAGCCGUCUUCAAAAUCUGUUGUGGCUUCCGAAAUACCAGCCCAGGCAAAGCCUACGCCAGCUUCGAUCGGCUCAGGCCUAAAGCGACCCCUAGACCUCGGCGACGAUGGACGGCCUGUCAUUCAGAAGCGACAGAAGCGAGGCGGUGUGAAGUCGAAGAUUUCGCUGGCCAAGGUCGAGGCGCCGCCAUCCGAAGAGUCUGAGGACAGCGAGGAGGACAGCGACGAGUCGGCGGACGAAUGGAAUGGGUUUAGCGAUGAUGGAGCCGACGGCAAGGAUAGCGACGAGGAUGAGAGCGAGGAGCAAGAUGAGGCCGAGGACGACGAGGAGAGCUCCGAAGAAGACUCUGAAGAGGAGGACUCUGACGAAGAAAUGGACGAGGAGGGAAAUGCUCAGAGAUCUUCCUCAUUCAAGGCAUGGGCAAACCAACAACGCAACGCAGCCCUCGGCUACGAUCCCGCCGAACCAACAACUUCAAACAUGAUCAUCCCCCAACCCGAAAAUUUCGUCCCCCGAGCUCCCGAGUCAGAUCCGUUGCCCAUGGAACUCCAGCCGACAGGGAACACCAACCGGAAAGUGUACAGCGUGACCGUUACCCGAACCCCAGAGGUUCAGGACGCACGUCUCAAGCUUCCGGUUGUCUCGGAGGAGCAGAGGAUCAUGGAAGCGAUCCACAACAAUGAUAUUGUCGUCAUUUGCGGUUCUACAGGUUCCGGAAAGACGACGCAGAUCCCCCAGUUCCUUUACGAGGCCGGAUAUGGUUCGCCAGACUCACCUACGCCUGGCCUAAUCGGUAUCACGCAGCCGCGUCGAGUCGCCGCGGUCAGUAUGUCGAAGCGAGUCGCGGAGGAGUUGGGAGACCACUCAGACGUGGUGGCCUACCAGAUUCGGUUUGAGGGCACGGUUGACCCGAAGACGGCGGUUAAGUUUAUGACGGAUGGUGUCCUGCUCCGAGAGAUCGCUCAGGACAUCACUCUCCGCAAGUACUCGGCCAUUGUCAUUGAUGAGGCCCACGAGAGAAGCGUCAACACAGAUAUCCUCGUUGGAAUGCUUAGCAGAGUCAUCAAGCUGCGCGCUGAGCUCGCUGCGGAGGAUCCCAAGGUCAAGCCCCUGAAGCUGGUCAUCAUGUCUGCCACGCUGAGGAUAGAGGAUCUCACCAUGAACCCAACUCUGUUUGCGACCCCGCCGCCCGUGCUUGAGGUUGAGGGACGACAGCAUGCUGUCACGAUGCAUUUCUCCCGACGGACUCACCACGACUAUGUUGAGGAGGCCUUCCGCAAGAUUAGCCGCGGCCACAAGAAGCUGCCUCCGGGCGAUAUUCUCGUCUUCUUGACCGGACGCAACGAAAUCAUAGAGCUCAGCAAGCGCCUGAAGGAAGCUUUUGGCGGCCCGAAAACUGCUGAAGGUCUCAAGGUCCAGAUCUCAGCGAGCGAGGCACCUAUUGAAGUGGAGGACAUAGAGUUUGGCGACGUGGAUGACAACCGAAAAGGCGACGACUUUGAUGACCUCCCGUCCGAAGAUGAUUAUGACGAAGAUGAUGAAGAAGACGAAUUCCAGAUCGAGGAGGACCAAGAAAUUGCGCCGCUCAAGAUGCGAGUGCUGCCGUUGUACUCCCUCCUACCCACUCGAGAGCAGAUGCGAGUCUUCGAGCCGGCGCCUGAGGGCACUCGGCAAGUCAUCCUGGCAACCAACGUUGCGGAAACCAGUUUGACCAUCCCCGGAAUCCGUUACGUGUUUGACUGCGGACGCUCAAAGGAGAGACAAUACGACCGAGUCAGCGGCGUCCAGAGCUACGACAUUGGCUGGAUCAGCAAGGCCAGCGCGAACCAGCGAUCUGGCCGUGCCGGUCGAACGGGGCCUGGCCACUGCUACAGGCUGUAUUCCUCGGCCGUGUAUGAGCGAGAUUUCCCGGCGUUUACCGACCCGGAGCUUCUCAGGAUGCCCAUCGAGGGCGUCGUUCUGCAGUUGAAGGCCAUGAACCUCCAGCAUGUCGUCAACUUCCCCUUCCCCACCCCUCCAGAUCGACGAGCUCUGGCAAAGUCGGAGAAGCUACUCACAUAUCUUUCUGCUCUUUCCUCUACCGGCCAAGUUACCCAGGUCGGCACAACCAUGUCCGUGUUCCCCCUGUCGCCGCGGUUCUCACGUAUCUUGCUCGUCGGCCACCUACACGACUGCCUCCCCUACACGAUUGCGCUCGUGGCUGGUCUCUCCGCUGCCGAGGUGUUCAUCCCCGAGAACCAAGCAAUCCCAACCCUCGCGGCCAAGGACGACGCUGCCAUCCGCACGGCCGAGGACAUCAUCGCCGAGGAUCGCCAGGCCAUGGUGCGCAAGAUGUACAACGAGGUCCAGAAGAAUUUCUGCUUCCUCGACGACCGGUCCGACGCCAUCAAGCUCCUCCAGGUGGUGGGCGAGUUUGCGCACGAGCCGACGGAGCAGUGGUGCGAGAGCCACUUUGUGCGAUACAAGGUGCUCAAGGAGAUCCAGCAGCUGCGCAAGCAGAUCACGGAGCUCCUGCGCGCCAACGUCUCGGCGUUUGCCAACCUGAAGUUCCAGGACAAGCUGGACCCUCCGCUGCCCAAGCAGGUCGCCGCCCUGAAGCAGAUGGUCGCUGCGGGCUUCAUUGAUCAGGUCGCUAUCCGAGCGGAUCUGACGCCGAACCCUCCCGAGCACUUCCGCAAGCCUCGCCGGGCAAUCGACGUUCCGUACAUUCCUCUCAUCCCUAUCCACACCGGCAAUGAGGUGGAGAGUGAUGCCGCGGUGUACAUCCAUCCCUCAUCCCCGCUCGCCCACCGCAGCAUCCAGGAGUGCCCCGAGUACAUCGUUUACUCAUACCUCCAGCGAGCCACCCAGUCACUCGAUUCCGAGAAGCGCCCCAAAACCAGAAUGCACGCUCUCACCGAUGUCACCGGCGGUCAACUGGCCGGCCUGGCCAAGGGAACGCCGCUGAUUACCUACGGCAAGCCAAUCAAGGAGCUCAAGUCAACGACAGGAGUCGAUGGGACAACAGUGAGAGAGUGCUUCGUCGUGCCGUAUCUGCGAGCAGAGAAUACCGGUGGUCAAGGAUGGCCCCUGCCGGCGAAGAAGGUGAAGCAGAAGAAGGUCCCUGGCAAGGGGUGGGUUGUGGAGUGAACAUAAGGGUUAAUGGACAAAAGUACUAGGUAUACAUGAUGCAUAUAGACAAGAUACCUCAUUUGAAUGGACAAAAUCGUAUUGGAGUCGUUCUGAGUUAAACCAAUCCAAUCCGAUUCAUAUUG